AGCACGCGCGGCUUGUCCUUUCUGCCGUCGGUGUCCUACCAGCAUCUGUUCCUCCUUUGGUAUUAAAAAUAGAGCUGCUGCUGAUAACAGACUUAUGUUUGGGCUCCAUCACUCGCCACCGGGAAUCGCUUGUGCGCUAUACUUUCAUUCUGAUCGGCGGACCGUGGGAAGCGCAAAUGCGCAUCGUGCUGCGCAUCUUUGAAUCUUUGGAAACCUCACUGUGGACAAUCUCCCUGACAUCCAAAGACCUCUCAUCCGCAAUCCGACGAGAGGCUUCUGCGCCGCCUAUGGCCGCAAAUCGGCUUCCCUGAGCCGCUGACAUCGUCGCGGACCUUUGCGCGUUGCCCUCGAAAAAAGGUCUUUUGAAUAAGGGAGAUAUUGCCACGGGAUUUUAUUCCGACUGUUAUUAUUGCGAUCCUGCAUCCAGCCAGCUUUUUAAAGCCCCCCGGUGCUAUGCUGGGCCCAUCUCUGUAGAUAUCGAGCAGCAGCCUACAGGAGCUCUCCUCCCACAUUCGUCCUCCUGCUGAGCCUCACGAUGCGUCCUAGCGCAGGGAUGCUGGCCGUGGUCCUGCUGGGGAACCUGAUGCUGCCGUUCACCUCGGCUCAAAACGCUGGGUUUGUGAAGUCGCCACUGUCUGAGACUAAGCUUACGGGGGACACCUUUGAGCUGUACUGCGAGGUGGUUGGUAACCCCACUCCAGAGAUCCAGUGGUGGUAUGCUGAGGUCAACCGAGCUGACUCCUUCAAGCAGCUGUGGGACGGAGCCCGCAAGCGUAGGGUAUCCAUCACCGCGGCCUUCGGUUCCAAUGGGGUCAGUGUGCUCGGCAUCACGCGCCUCACACUGGAGGACUCUGGGACCUAUGAGUGCCGGGCAAGCAACGACCCCAGGCGUAAUGACCGCCGACAAAACCCCGCCAUCACCUGGAUCCGCGCCCAGGCCACCAUUUCGGUGCUACAGAAACCAAAGAUCAAUGCCUCUGAUGAGACCAUCCUGUCACCGGACACCACUGGUAAAGCAGUAGUCCUGCGAUGUAACCUCACCACAGCCCACACACAACACAAGGAAAGCUUCUGGAUGAAGAACGGACGUGAGCUCCUUAACACGCGAUCAGACGAGGACACGAUCACAGUGUACAGAAUCACUAAACCCCGGGCAGAUGAUUCCGGGGAGUACAUGUGUGUUUACACAUUUGACAUGGCACCAAAUGCAAAUGCAACAAUUGAAGUAAAAGCAAAGCCUGACGUGACUGGACACAAGCGAAGUGAAAAUAAAAAUGAGGGGGAGAAUGCCAUGCUUUACUGCAAGUCUGUGGGUUACCCGCAUCCUACUUGGACAUGGCGAAAAGUGGACGGAAAAUCCUACAAGGACAUUGACAACUCCACUGGACGCUUCUUCAUCACUAACAGAGAUAAUUACACAGAGCUCAACAUAAUCGACCUGGAUAUCAACACGGAUCCUGGACUAUAUGAAUGCAACGCUACCAACAUGAUCGGAAACACCACUGAGAGCACUAUACUACGAGUGCGCAGCCAUCUUGCACCGCUUUGGCCUUUCCUCGGAGUGCUUGCAGAAAUAAUCAUUCUUGUGGUCAUCAUCGUCGUAUACGAGAAGCGCAAGAGGCCAGACGACAUUUAUGACGAUGAUGAGCCAGCUGGACCGAUGAAGACAAAUUCAACAAACAACCACAAGGACAAAAACAUUCGCCAGCGGAACACAAAAUAAGCAAUUUACCCGAAUGAGAUGGCUAAACUGCAUUUUUUUGACUCCAUGAAAGUAUCAGAGGUUGACAGAGCUACGGGCAGUUUUGGAAAAAAAAGCAUAUCUUAUCUCAAUUUAUGAGAAACAAUAUCAGCAUAACACUGGCAACAAAAAGAACAUAAUGGCUGUCUUAAGCAUGCCUUAUUCAGUCUUACGUGAAGAUUUCAGGAUGACGAAUAAUGACUUAUCCACCACAAAGGUGUUCACAUUUUUAAUGUGCUGUUGAUGUCUCUCCUUCAUUCAUUUUAAUCAUGUUCUCAGAUGAGGCAAUCCCUUUUGUACUACAUAUCAUGUAAAAUGCAUGCAAGAUAAUUACGCAAUAGGAUACUCAGAAUAGACAUUUUCUGUUGUUGACCCUCGUGAGGCUUAUUUUGCAUCCAAGAUUACCUAUGUUUUUUAUACAAUCAUCCUUAUCAAAUCAUACAUGUAUAUGUAUAUAUAUGUAUAUAUAUACAUACAUAUAUAUAUGUAUAUAUAUAUAUAUAAAUAUAUAUAUAUAUAUAAAUAUAAUAUAUAUAUAUACAUAUAUAUAUAUAGUUUUUAUUGUUGAAAAUUUGUACAGCAUAUCAUUGUCAUUUACCUAUUUGCUUUGUGACAAGAAGUCUACUUUUAACAGAACUUUUAUUGUGAAGCAAGGGCUUCAGUGACUGGCAGUAUUUAAAUUUAACUGAGAGUACUUAAAGAAAUGUGUGUUUAACUAUCUUAAAAAAGAAGAAGAAGAAUAUGUGUAUUACUUAUAUUUUCUUUCCAGAGUAACUUAGGUGUCUUGUAUAUGUUGAAGUAUGAGUGUUCAAAUGAUAGAAAAAUCUGUAAAAAUAUUUUUUUUAUAUUUCCCAAUUUCAUUAAUUGAUUUUCAUUUUCUAUUUUUUUCUCUCUUUGACUGUAUAGCAUGGCUAUAAUCCUAUGCAAUAUGUAUUCUUAAAUAGAUAUAUGGAGGGCAGUUUGUUUUUAACUCAGUGAAGCUUUAAUAUUGUGGGAUCACUUGGAAGCUGGCAUAGCAACAUUCACAGCUGUAGCUGCAUGACUCCUGUUUAAAUACAAUGUAUCCAUGUGUGUUGCAGUGGAAAUGGACCUGAAUUAAGUUGGCGAUCAAAGGGACCAGAGUAUAUAGCCACGAUCAAACAUAUGAGUGAAAACAAUAUUUUUUUUCUGAAUAAAAAUGUGA